GAUAUAGUCCUUUCUGACAGGUGAUCAGAGCAAUAACUGGACAUCACCAAUAAAAAUGGGAGACUGGGGGUUCCUGUCAUCCUUGCUGGACAAGGUCCAGUCCCACUCAACAGUCAUUGGGAAGAUCUGGAUGAGUGUCCUCUUCCUGUUCAGGAUCAUGGUCCUCGGAGCCGGUGCUGAGAGCGUCUGGGGUGACGAGCAGUCAGGUUUCAUCUGCAACACCCAACAACCUGGUUGUGAGAACGUUUGCUAUGACUGGACCUUCCCCAUCUCACACAUUCGCUUCUGGGUCCUCCAGAUCAUCUUUGUAGCAACGCCAACACUGGUCUACCUGGGCCACACCAUGCACAUUAUCCACCAGGAGAACAAGCUGAGGGAGAAGCUGGCCAGCCCCGGUGGGUCCCGGCUGCUCAAACUGCCCAAGUACACUGACGAGAGGGGCAAGGUGAAGAUCAAGGGGAACCUGCUGGGGACCUACUUGACCCAGCUGGUGGUCAAGAUCAUUAUUGAGGCUGCCUUCAUUGUGGGCCAGUACUACCUGUACGGCUUUGUCAUGGUGCCCAUGUUCCCAUGCUCUAAGAAGCCCUGUCCCUUCACCGUGGAGUGCUACAUGUCUCGUCCCACGGAGAAAACCAUCUUUAUUAUCUUCAUGUUGGUUGUGUCUUGCGUCUCCCUGCUUCUCAAUGUCAUUGAGAUGUUCUACCUGAUUUGUAGCAGGGUCAGAUGUCGCUCAAAGAGGCAGAGUCGCCCAAUUACCUCACCUGAAAACCCUGCCAGCCUGUCGGCUCCCAGGUGGCCCACCUCAGACGACGCUCUCCAACAGAACAAGCUGAACAUGGAGCUUGAGAGCAGCCAUAGUGUCGGUGGAAGCCUGGAUGGGGCCAAAGAGGAGAAACGGCUACUGACUGGCAAUUAGAAACCUGCUGUAACCAUCACAGCGCAUGAAAUGAUCUUCUUAGAGUUUCUGGGUUACAGCCCAACCUCUGAAGGAAAGAUUUCAAACAGUGUUUUAACUGCGUGCUCCAUCUGGCUAGAUCAGGGAUUUUUAAACUUGUUCAUUUUCUGAAGCCCCAAGUUUGCUUUCAGUAAGCCAUGGACCCCCAUUUAAAUGAUUUUGCCCUCUAGGGACCCUUAUACGAGGAGAUAUUUUAGUUUGAGUUGGCUGCAUUCACAUGCCUUUAACAAGCUUUUGAACACAAGAGAUCUGAUCCAACAUCACUGAUCUUACCUUAAAUAUAUUAUUUUAAUCAUUAGAAAUAUAGUUUUCUUGUCAUUUUUUGCCGAAUUUUAUUCCCAGUGAAUUUGCACAGGUUCCAAAGGUUUAAAGUGUUUCGAUGUCAUACUUGAACAUUUGCAAACAGUGGUGAGAUUAAACCAGAAACAAAGAAUAUAUUGAGAUAAUACCUCUUGCACUUUCUGAAUUCUAACAAUUUCUUGUGAAUUAAAUUACAGUGAAAUUAAACAAAUCCUCAUUAUGCUGAGGACAACUCAGAGGCCCCUCACAUUCCCCUAGGGGUCCUUAGACCCCACUUUGGAACCAUUAGUCUCAAUGUAAUGUAAUGAUAUGAUCCGCUCACUGAGAAACAUUUCCAUUGUAUCACUUUUCAGUUUUGUUAUCACUUUUGUUAUCAGCAUUUUUUACUGUUUUCAUUUAAAAUAGAACGGUGUAAUUUAGAAGCAGUGCAAUAUUGAUGCUCUAUUUAUGUUCUUUUGUUAUACUCACUUGUUAAUCUAUGCAAGAAACAACUGCUUGCCUAUUGAACACUGAAUGAUGACAGCUAAUGCUGUUUCUACUGCAGA